CAUGGUAUAGUGCCAUAGAACAUUUGUGCACUGACUUGAUCACAAAAUUUCCACAGAGGAGUGAUUGUGCCGUGCUACAACAAGUUAAACAACGUCCUGAUGAGACUGUUGCUGAUUUUCUUUACCGGAUGGAAGAAGCGUUCAAUAAACAUUCAGGUAUGGAGCGCCCCGCUGACUUUACCGUUUUGGGCCCCUGGGAAAAGAUGCUGUGUGGCUAUAUUAUGGAAGGACUUCUCCCUGAGAUCGCAGCACAAACUAAGACUCUUUAUGUUGGUUGGAGACAUGGGGUGCGUUUUGAGGAGCUGAAAAGACAUGCUUUACACAGCGAUGAUGUUAUCAACGACAGGAAGAAGAAAAAAGCGGACAAAAGAGAGACUGAUUUGCAUAACGCUGCCUUGACCCUGUACUGCAGUACAAAUCAACGUGGUUCUUUUCCUCGAGGACGAGGCCGGGGACGCCGGGGCAGAGGUCGGGGAAGGGGACAGUGGUCCCGCUCCGAUGCUUGCCAUAAAUGUGGAAAGUUGGGACACUGGAGGAAUGAAUGGCCAGAGAAACUGCAGCGGCCGGACACCGGUAACUGACGGGGGGAGGACGGGACCCUGGAUCUGGCUGCCACUUGCAUUGAGGAGGGGUCUCUUAAGGAGCGUGAGGUUUCACAAACACACACACAGUUGCAUGAAAAUACUGAUUCACAUAGGUUGCUUACAGAGGCCAUAUUACACUUAGAAGGUGCCUCCAUAGUUUUACCAGGCACGUAUCUCUAUACACAGAACCCUGCUUUUAAAAGAAUGCCUAUGUUUUCUAUGAUGGUGAUGGAUGAAGAAAUUUCUUUUGUUGUAGAUUCAGGAGCGACACACUCUGUUUUAUCAGCUAAAUGUAUCAAAGAGCAUCCAAAACUGAGUGGUCGUUAUGUUCAUUCUGUCUCUGCUUCAGGUGAAACAGUUAGGGAAAGUUAUUCGGUUCCUCUAAAGUGUUCCACUCCACAGGGAGUGCAGUUAAAACAUUCUUUUUUGGUGUCUCCUUUGUGUCCCUUAAAUUUGAUGGGUAGAGAUUUGAUGUGCAGAUUAAAUAUUGCUAUUAUUUCAAACCCUGAUGGACUGACAGUUCACACUCAGAAGGACUUUGACUAUGACUAUACUGCAGUACAUUGGGCCCCAGAGCAACCUUUAUAUGCAUAUCAGUGGAAGCUUCCAGUUGGUCCUGUACCUCAACAUUUUGUCACAUUGGCAGUAAAUGCUGUGACACCUGAUAGUGAGAUAAUGAGUGCAGAUGAUCUGCAUUGUACUUCGCAUGUAUCUGAAGGACCUGAUUUUGAUUAUGAGGACAGUUGGUACAAAGUUACAAAUGAGAGAGUGCACCUCUCUGACAUGUACUGGAAUGAUCACAUAGCAGCUUUAUCUGUGACUUUGACCUCUGAACAGCUGCAUUUUUUUCAAGUUUCUGGUUCGGUGCCGCAUGUAUCAUUGGCCAAGUCUGAAAAUAUGGAAUGGAAGGAUGUGGGGUUUUUUGUUAGACGUUGUCUCCUUGCCACGGAUUGGAGGGAGACAGAUGUCCCAUAUGUGUUUGUGUCUCCUUCUCAAAAGGCUUUUAAAAGACAUUGUCCCACUGUUGUUUCCUGUAAUCGUACAGUGCAACUGAUUUCACAUUCACAUCUGUUUUUAGCUACUGCUUCUUCUGCGGAUGCAGAUCUUGAGGAGCUGCCUGAUUCAUUGUGGGCUGCUCACAAAUAUUAUGUUGGUCUUAUUACAGAUUGUGAGCCAGUUGUUGUUACUCCUAAAUCAAAUUACAGGCCAUGUCAGAAACAAUACUUAUUGAAGAAGGAAGCUUUGGAGGGAAUUCGUCCUGUUUUUGAUUCCCUCCUUAAAGCUGGGGUAAUUGUACCCUGUCCAAAUUCACCUGUGAGAACACCGUUGUUCCCUGUGAAAAAAAUUAGGCCCCCUGAAGAGCCUGACGAAUGGAGAUUUGUCAUGGACCUUCAGGCUGUCAACCAGUCUGUUGUGGCCCGUGCACCAUCAGUUCCGAACCCUUCUACGAUUCUGUCACAAAUUCCACCAGAAGCUAAAUAUUUUUCAGUGAUAGACCUGGCAAAUGCGUUUUUUUCUGUCCCUGUACACAAGGACAGUCAGUAUUGGUUUGCUUUUGAGUUUGAUGGAAAGCCAUAUUGUUUUACUCGUCUUUGUCAGGGCUACACAGAGAGUCCAACUAUUUUUAACACAGCUCUGAAGGACUCUUUGGCUGAUUUGACUCUGUCUCCUGGAACUGUCCUUACACAGUAUGUUGAUGAUUUAUUAUUAUCAGCAGGAUCAGUGGAUCAGUGUAGGAAAGACACCUUGAAACUGCUUCAACAUCUUCAUAAGAAGGGUCACAAAGUUUCACGAUCUAAAAUGCAGUUUGUACAGGAAGAAGUGGCAUUUCUUGGUCAUGUUCUCUCACAUAAAAGCAGAAAACUGUCCCCUCAGCGCAUUGAAGCUGUUCUGAAAAUCCCAAAACCUGUCACCAAGAAACAAAUGAUGUCAUUUUUGGGUAUGACAGGUUAUUGCAGAGCUCACAUUCUGAAUUACUCUGAGCUGGAAGCGCCUUUGGCCAGUUUAAUAUAUGGGAGGAGCUUGGCAGCUGCAGACAAGAUUAAAUGGACAGAUGAGGCAGAACUGGCUUUCAAUGAUUUAAAAAUAGCCCUGUCUUCUGCGCCUGCAUUGGCUUUACCAAACUCUGACAAGCCAUUUAUUCAAAUGGUGGAUGAAAAAUCUGGUUUCAUGUCAUCUGUGUUGUUGCAAUCCCAUGGUGAUAAAUUGCGACCUGUGGCUUAUUAUUCCAGUAAGCUUGAUCCAGUUGCAGCUGGGCUGCCUGGUUGUUUGCGAGCUGUUGCUGCAGCUGAGAAAGCCGUGUUGGCAUCACGUGACGUUGUUGGAUAUAAUCCAUUGACAGUUUUUGUUCCACAUUCUGUUUCCAUCAUCCUCCUGGAACAAAAGACGUCUCAUCUAUCAGCAGCAAGGUGGCUGAGGUAUUCUUCAAUAUUAUUGGACAUGCCCAACAUUACAAUUAAACGUUGUAACACUUUAAAUCCAGCCACACUACUGCCUACUGAGGAGGAUGGUGAAAGUCAUGACUGCGCAGCUGUCUUAAAUGUUGUUUGUACCCCUCGUCCUGACUUGCAAGACACCCCUUUGACUAACCCUGAUCUUAUCUUGUAUGUAGAUGGGUCUUCCUCCCGUUCUGCAGUGGGUCUGAACCAAGUAGGAUUUGCAGUGUGCUCUGACUCAGCUGUUUUGCGCUCAGGUCCUUUGCCAGCGCAUUACUCAGCUCAAACAGCUGAAUUAAUUGCUUUGACUGAAGCUUGCAAGUUGGCAGAAGGAAAGACUGAGACUAUUUACACAGACUCAAGAUAUUGUUUCGGAGUGGUGCAUGAUUUCGGGGCCUUGUGGAGACAUCGCUCCUUUUUGAAAUCAGAUGGAAAACCUAUUUUGAAUGCUAGACAAGUGUCUGAUCUUUUGGAUGCUAUUAUGUUACCCGCACGUUUGGCUGUGGUUAAGUGUGCUGCGCACACAGGACAGUCUGAUUUUGUUUCUAGGGGUAAUGCAGCCGCGGACUCGGCAGCAAAAACCGCAGCUUUGAGGCCUUUCUCCUCAGAUGAAUCUUUUCUUUCUCUGACUGAUCCGCAAGGUGUCACUGUUCCUGAAAUGCAAUCUUUUGCUACUUCACAGGAAAAAGAAAAAUGGCGAAGAGCUGGGUGUAUCUUUAACAGCAGUUCUGGCUGGCAUGUUUCUGAUGGUAGACCAUGCCUGCCUAAACAUUUUUUUCCCUGGUUUGCUAAAUGGACGCAUGGAUUGGAUCAUGUGUCCAAAGGGGGAAUGCUGGAUAUGGUUAAAAAAUACUGGUAUACAAAUGGGUUUUCAGUGGUAGCUGAAAAUUAUUGUAAAAGAUGUUUGAUCUGUGCUUCUCACAACCCCUCGAGGGUUCCUGCACAAUCACAGGCGGCACAUCCACCUCCACGGUUCCCAUUUCAGCAUUUGAUGAUGGAUUUCAUUGAGUUGACACCUGCUGAAGGGAAGAAAUAUUGUUUAGUGGUCGUGGACAUGUUUUCUAAAUAUGUUGAAGCGUUUCCAACAAAACACGCAGACAGCAGUGCUGUAGCGAAGUCUUUGUUGACAGAGAUUCUUCCCCGUUGGGGGGUCCCAGAGGUGAUUUCCAGUGAUAACGGGACACAUUUUGUCAACAAAGCUUUGCAAGAAAUUAGUAAGCUUCUAGGUUUCCAGUUGAAGACACAUUGUGCUUACCACCCACAAUCAGGUGGAGCAGUAGAACGAGAAAAUGGAACAAUAAAAAAUAAGUUGGCUAAAUGCUGUGAAGAAACAGGUUUGUCCUGGCCAAAAGCUCUCCCUCUGGUUCUUAUGUAUAUGCGGAUAAGAAAUAGAUCCAGAGCUAAUUUGAGUCCUUUUGAAAUCCUUUUUGGGAGACCUGCAAAUACAGGGGGAAGACCGAGUACUAACCUAAGCACACUAACAACUGCUCAUUUUGAACAUUCCAUGUUGGAAUAUUGUAAGGUUCUGUCACGUUCUCUCUCUCUCUCCCAUCAGACGGUGAAAGCUGCCUUACCCCCAGUAGCUGACAGACCCCUGCACCAGUUCCAGCCAGGACAGUGGGUGCUGAUUAGAGAUGCCAGGAGACGUCACUGGAGAGACAAGCGGUGGAGAGGUCCGUUUCAAAUUCUGCUGGUGACUCACACUGCCGUAAAGGUCCAGGAACGUGACACCUGGGUCCAUUUUACGCACUGCAAGGUGUUCACUGGAACACCACCCGAGCAGCAUCCUGGUUCUGAACCUCCUACCUAGAGGAGCUUCCAACGACCGCCCACCUGUACCAGACUGGUAACAGGGCAGCUUGAAGCGCAGAAGCCACUCAGGAGAGGCAGCAGGAUUUUUUU